UAAAAGGGACGGCGGCGCGGCUCGUGCCGCCUUGCAGACGCCGCCGCUCCGGAGCCACCCGUGACGCCCAGCCAUGGUCAACCCCACCGUGUUCUUCGACAUCGCCGUGGACGGCGAGCCCUUGGGCCGCGUCUCCUUCGAGCUGUUCGCGGACAAGGUACCGAAGACGGCAGAGAACUUCCGCGCUCUGAGCACCGGGGAGAAGGGAUUCGGUUACAAAGGUUCCUGCUUCCACAGGAUCAUCCCGGGAUUUAUGUGCCAGGGUGGGGACUUCACACGCCAUAACGGCACUGGUGGCAAGUCCAUCUACGGGGAGAAGUUUGACGACGAGAACUUCAUCCUGAAGCACACGGGUCCUGGCAUCCUGUCCAUGGCCAACGCUGGACCCAACACGAACGGCUCCCAGUUCUUCAUCUGCACGGCCAAGACCGAGUGGUUGGACGGCAAGCACGUGGUCUUUGGCAAGGUCAAAGAGGGCAUGAACAUCGUGGAGGCCAUGGAGCGCUUCGGGUCCAGGAACGGCAAGACCAGCAAGAAGAUCACCAUUGCUGACUGUGGACAGAUCUGAUCAGUCUGACCCGUGUUUUAUCUUAACUACCCGACCAUUCCUUCUGUAGCUCGGGAGAGCACCCCUCCACCCCUGCCUGCUCGAACUACCCCACAGUCUCCGCUCGCUGCAGUUCUGCGGGUUCCAUGGUUCCUUACCCCAGGCCUAUCUGGAUCUCAGAGUUCAGUUUAUGAUGAAAUAAAACCUAAACCACA